GGUAUUCCAGAAAGCAGGUUCAACACACUCUGAGUCUAUCCCUGAACUCUGAGUUGACUUACUCUGAGUCGGGAAACUCUGAGUAUCCGGUUCCAGAACAGCUGAUCUGAGUUAGUUCAAUCAACUCUGAGUAUGUUAACCUCGAGGUACGCGCGUGCACAACCACUGAAAAAAGCCAUCAUCAAUGGAGCCCCGAUACCACGAGUCACCAUGACAACCGAGAAAAAAAAAAGAUCAACAUAUUUCAGUGCGAAGGAGUUGGAGAUCCUUUUGCUGGGCUACGGAGAAUAUGAGCACAUAUUUCGCCGCGAAUGCAACACAGCUGCAGCAGCGAAGGAGAGAGAGACCGCAUGGGAGAAAAUUGCUGCCCGAGUCAACGCGUGCAAUCCAACAGGAGAAAGGAGGACUUGGAAGCAGCUCAAAAUGAAACAUAAAAACAUCAUUCAAAAAGCCAACAGAAAGAAGGCAGAGGCCCGAAAAACGGGUGGAGGGCCACCUCCACCACCUCUGACAGAGGCUGAGGAGCUGGCUCUCAGCCAAUACAGGGGUCGCCCUGUGGCUGAAGGCAUCCCCGGGGGAGGCUCAUCUGAGCCUGUCACCCCCCAGGACACUAGUGCCUACAUCACAUGCAAUCAGUCUUCACACCUGGCGGUCAAAUACGUCCUGGACGUGUUUCCAAGGACUAUGAACUCCUGGGAGGACUAUGCUCCUAAAGAGGACUAUGCUCCUAAAGAGGACUAUGAACUCCUGAAGAGGUCUAUGAACUACUCCUGA